AUGCUUCUCCAGAAGUUCAUUCGCAAUGAGGCGGUUAGAACAGACCCUGUCAACAUUUACAACCUUCGGACGAUCGUCGUCAGUUUAGUGGCAUGUGGCGGUGCUUUGCUCUUUGGUAUGGACAUGGGAAUUAUCGGCGGAGUCUUGACUAUGGGUCCAUUCAAAGACGAUUACGGCCUCAAUAAGCUGACCACCACCGGUCACGCCAAUUUGUCCUCUAACAUCGUCUCCGUGAUCCAGGCUGGCGCUUUCCUGGGAUGUCUCAUCGCAAUAUGGCUAGCCAACCGCAUUGGCCGACGUUUGUCACUCAUAUUCGCGUCAGUACUUGUCUUUAUUGGAGUCGCUUUGCAGGCCGCAGCUAUGGGUCGCAUUGCAGCGUUAUAUGUGGGCAGGUUUAUUGCUGGAGUAGCGAUUGGCAUUGCAUCGACAGUCAACCCGCUUUACGUGUCCGAAAAUGCCCCUCGAGGUAUUAGAGGGUUAUUGACAGGGUUUUACCAGCUCAGUGUUGUGACUGGAUUAACGCUCGCAUUUUGGAUUAACUAUGGAUGCUCCUUGCAUAUCAAGGGCAAACCACAGUACAUCAUUCCCUUAGCCCUCCAAGCCCUUCCCGCGGUGAUCCUUUUCAUUGGAAUGAUAUUUGCAAACGAGUCACCGCGCUUCCUUGCCAUGAAGAGCCCCGAGAAAGCACAUGCUGUUCUAUCGAAGCUACGCGACCUUCCAAUGGAUCAUCCUUAUGUGCAAAACGAAAUGGAAGGAAUUCUUCUCCAACUUGAAGAAGAGAGAGCACUUGCUGCUAACGCGUCUGCUUUUACUCUUUUCAAAGAGGCGUUUACGGUGAAGUCGUAUCGGCGUCGGACUUUCCUAUGUGUGACACUGAUGAUGUGGAGCAACCUGACUGGGACGAAUGCCAUGACUUACUACAGCCCGGAAAUCUUCAAAAGCGUUGGUUUAUCCGAGUCAUCAGUUGGACUAUUUGCAACGGGAAUAUACGGCAUUGUCAAAUUAGUUUCAUGCUUCAUUUUCAUUUUCUUCGUGACAGAUUCACUAGGUCGACGGCGGAGUUUGCUGUGGACCGGUGUUGUUCAGGGAGUUGCCCUAUUUUAUGUCGGCUUUUACAUUCGCUUUGAUCCUCCUGUUAGUGGGAUGAGCCCAACUGCUGCAGGCUAUGUUGCCUUGGUGGCAAUCUACAUCUUCGCUGCUGUUUAUCAAUUUGGAUGGGGUCCUGUUGUUUGGACAUACUGUUCUGAGAUACCAGCCGCCCGUCUGCGAACUCUUCAGAUGGGAAUGGCAACAGCCAGCCAGUGGCUAUUCAACUUCGUUGUCGCGAAGGCCACUCCAAGCAUGUUCGCAACUCUUGGUGUCAACGGAUUUGGUACUUACUUUAUAUAUGGAUCUUUCUGCUUUGCCAUGGUCAUUUUUGCUUGGUUCCUUGUACCAGAGACGAAUGGCCUCUUGCUCGAGGAUAUGAACGAGCUCUUUGCCCAGGACAAUAUUAGGGCAAAAUUCGUACCAACUCGCUUGCAGACCAUCCAAAAUGAGCGAGAUCUCAAAGGAAUUCCUGAAGUACAGCAUGUCGAUGAUGUGCAUCGUGUCUGA